AUGAUGGCACAGACACUACAGUCAGCUCAAGAGAAGCUUUCUACUACGACGGGCGAUGAAGUGGGGUUCGAGUACAAGUUUCCAGCAUUCGAUGAAUUGCCGAAGGUGGAAGGCAUGCCUCAGGGCUCGAUAUGGGGGUUUUAUGACAAGAACGGCAAGAAAGACGAAGUCGGAGCCAUCAACCUUCUCACCCCUGCAGUCGUCCAAGCCGCCUCCAAGGAGAUCAGCACCGGAGAACAUAUCCAACUUGACUGGCCGCUUCACAACGUGCAGUUCCCGGGUUUCAGCCGCAAAGAAUUUCACCAAAAAAAGAUCAACUUCUCUGACUUCACGGACUGGAAGGCCAUGGACGACGAGGUCUACAUAAAUACACAGUCCGGCUCGCAAUGGGACAGUCUCAAGCAUUUCGCCCACCAACCCAGCGGUAAAUACUACAAUGGUCUGACCCACGAAGAAGCAACGCAUACAGACACGAAUGGCACGCAUAACUGGUGCGAGAGGGGUGGCAUCGUAGGGCGGGGUGUUCUCUGCGACUGGUUGCGCUGGUAUGAGGAGAAGAACGGUAAAGCGCCAUCGGCCGUUUCGAGGCAUGAGAUUCCGAUAAUGGAGAUUGAAGAAACGUUGAAAUGGCAAGGCACGAAGUUGAAGCAGGGAGACAUCCUUUGCAUACGCAGCGGAUACGUACAGUGGCACAACGACGCGAAUGAGGCGGAACGCAAGUCUGGCACUCGCGACAACAGCGUUGCCAUCGGUGUUCAGGCCAACGAGAACACAGUUCGGUGGCUAUAUGACAAGCACCUUGCAGCUCUUGUUGGCGAAACCGUUGCGUUUGAGGCGUGGCCGCCCAAAUUUACAGACGGAUGGUGUCUUCAUGAGUGGAUCCUUGUCCAUUGGGGAAUGCCUAUCGGCGAGAUGUGGGACCUCGAAAAAUUGAGUGAGAAGUGCAAAAGUACGAAACGGUACACGUUCUUCCUUACUAGCGCACCACUGCAUGUCAAGGGUGGUAUCGGAAGUCCACCAGGUGCCAUUGCUAUCUUCUAG